AGUGAGCUCAAUGGUUGUACUUCAGUCAGUCAUUCCAGCUGCUUUGGAUACAGGAUACACCCAAAAGACACUUCUCUCUUCUUCUAACUAGCCUUUUCUGGUUUAUCUUCAACCUCCACAAAGGUCCUGAAGGUUCCAACUGCUCCUCCACUGAGAUUUUAGCAGUCAAGGCAGACUGCACUGGGGUUCAGGCUGUGCAGGAGAAUAACGGGAUCAAGCUUGUUUCCAAAAUGCCUCGUUCAUUCCUGGUCAAGAAGUAUUUCACCAACAAGAAACCAAACUACAGCGAGCUGGAGAGCCAGAAUGGCCCAUUCUCUGCCUUCAUACCUGAGCAUUACCCUCUUGCUGAACUCCCCACUAAAGUAGACGGCUCUCUAGCGUCCACUUACACACCGACUCUUGUGUGGGCCACCGCCACCUUGCCCAUUUCCUUCACUCCAGCCUCCCCCACCACCCCUCCCUCCCCCAUCCCCGGACCCCUAGACCUCAGCUCUCCAUCCAGCUCUGGAGAAGAGGACGAAGGCCGUACUUCUGACCCCCCCAGCCCAGACCCUGCUGACCGCUUCCACUGUGCUCAGUGUGGGAAAACCUGCAGCAGCCCUGCAGCCCUGUCCCGCCACCAGCUGACCCACUGCAGCGCCGGAGUGGACGCUGGGCUAAACGCGGCUGAAAACACUGCUUCCAGAGCGGCCUUCCGCUGCAAACACUGCCCCAAAGAGUACAACAGUCUGGGGGCCCUGAAGAUGCACAUCCGCUCACACACGCUGCCCUGCGUUUGCACCACCUGUGGAAAGGCCUUCUCCAGACCCUGGCUGCUAAGAGGCCACAUUCGCACACAUACUGGCGAGCGUCCGUUUUCCUGUCCUCACUGCAACCGGGCAUUUGCUGACCGCUCAAACCUUAGAGCGCAUCUGCAGACCCACUCCGAGGUGAAGAAGUAUCAGUGUGGCACCUGCUCUCGCACCUUCAGCCGCAUGUCCCUCCUGCACAAACACACGGUCUCCAGCUGCUGCCCGACCGCCUAGCCCACACGCUUCAAAGUCAUUUACAGCCACCUCUCCACUGACUGAGUGUGGGUAAUGAUCUCAGCCUAACCUGGUGCAAGGAGGCAACUUUAGGGGGCCAAGCAAUUCAAGAAUGAACUGAAGUUUUGUGGGGUUUUUUGAAGUUCAGUCUCAAAGUGCCUUACUUUUACCUUCCUAGCAGAGAUAUGAUAUAUUUUGCCUUCUGCUGGUUUUCAGCCUGAACUUGCACUCUCACAAAGAGGCAGUGUGCGUCGUACGGACGCUGAAGAAUGUUUUCCUAACCCAGUUCGGUGCCUGCUGGGUUUUUUUCCUCCAGUUGCUCAUUCCCAAGAUGCCCAUUGGUGCCGGCUGGUCCGGCCCUCACACGGGCAGCUGCUGGAGAGUGUGUGGGGGUGGAGGGUCAUCUCUCACCACACUUUGCAGCGAUAUAUUGAGACAGCUGCCUGAGCACCGGGCCUGAGGACAGAUGCCUCAGCCACGGAAGCCUUUUUCACACUUCCAGUCUUGCACCAGCAAAGGCAAUCUGAUACUGGAAAUGUCAGUUGGUGUCUAACUAGACUGUAUGCGGGAAAAAAGUAAUGCAUUGAAUUUACUUGAUUCAGAAUGUGCGCAUCAUUUCUACAUGAAUAAAAAUAUAUACUGUCAUUACCUUUACUGCCACAUUUGAUUCAAUUUCAAAGUGAUAGUUAUAUAUAUUUUAUUCACAUGGAAAUGAUGGAGGCAUUUAAAUGCAUCUUUAGAGUAAAGGCCUUUAUACACCGAGUGUGAUUUAUACGGACACCAUAUAUAUAACUGGUGAUAUCUUGCACACCAAACACAGUUUCUUUCAACCAACAUCUUUUUAUUUUUCUGUUUCAUAUUCUGCAGAACAAACACAAACUCACUCUACCAAUUAUCUCUGCUGUUGUUGGCAGCCAAAAUGACAGUUUGGUUGCAUCCCAGCACUGCUUAGUCUGCUUUAUCACAGAUGGUGUUAGCAAACAGCAAAAUUCCCAAGAAGUCUUUGUAACGUGAUGUUAAAUUAGAAUAUUCUGUAUUUUCAUGAUGUUUAUUAGCGUCACAUUCGCUGCAUAAUGGCCUUAAUAGCAGAGCCUCACCCCGAUUCCUUUAUUUCCAAAUGUUUGUAUUGUAGAAGUAUAUUGCAGGCUGGUGAGUGUCUGAAACCUUUUUUAAACAUAAUAAAAAAACAAUUUUGGCUUCAUUUUGUCUGUGCACUAAAGUUCUCCAAAGCACACCAUUGAAAAUAAAUACUAGUGGUUUGCAUUUACUGAAAUGUAUGAAACAUACUACAUCCUCUGAAUUUUAUCCCAUUUGUUUACAUACAUUUUACAUACAUGUUUGACAUUUCAAUCAAGCAAAGUUGUUGUAAAACAGCAGUAGGGCUAACCUUUCUUCUCUACAAAAGGACACUGCAGCAUGUUGCUAAACCAAAGAAUGGUGCCACAAACUUCAUUUUAAAGAAAAAAUGUUUUGCCUUAAAAUACUGCAAAAAGGUGGAAGAUUGUGGACAUUAUCCUGCAAGCCAUAGUGACGUAUGAACCUGCCUGUGCAUGAACCACAUGUAUUUAUACAGUGACCUUCUCACAGAAACGCUAUGCAAUCACUUUUUUGUUUUGUUCUGUUUUUACUUUUUGGGUCCAUUGUAUAUCUCCAGACUUUUGUACAGUCAACCAAAGUGUUUUUUCAAUAAACUAAUUUAUGUUUGGAUAAGAAA